AUGUCUAGCCCCUUGCACGUGGACAAGCCUAGGGCUUGCUCCAACUGUUCUCGGGCCAAGGCCAACCUCAUACGAAUGCGAAAAAUCACGAUCAAGGUGAACGAUGCUUUUGGGAAUACGGGCGAUACACUCAGCGACAAAACUUCCGGGAGCGUUCGCGCAAUAGUCGUUGCCUCGAUACGAAACGAGCUAGAUACAUUUACCAACUCCUUGCCAGAGCAUCUUCAGUCAAAUCACCUCUUACGUAGCCACUGUGCUGCUGUUCGCGUACGCCUACUGGAGCCUGUUAACCACGGCAAUAGGCACGAUCCUCUUGAACCUACCCACCUGAGAUGUCUCGUAAUGUGGGAUUGCUUGGAGAGCACCCAUGCCCUCAUCGACGCAUUCCUCUUGACCCCAAUCGAGUCCUACCCCUCCCUCAUCUUUGUCUCAAUCCUCCAUCUCGCCCUCGCAAUCAUCAAAGCCUUUAGAUUACUCUGCGUGGAAGAUCAAGCCUGGGACCUGCACACUGUCCAAACCAUGUACAACCUCCCAGACAUCCUACAGAUACUGAGCAAGCUGUUUGAGGAAGCCAGCCGCAUCGGCAGACAGCGACCCCUGUUCUGCGAGUAUGCCGAAUCGUACAAGGGAAUUGAGCAGUGGUACAUGUCCAAGGUGGGCGCGGCUCAUUCCGACUUAAUGGACUCGGUGGUUGCACAUGAUAGGGAUUAG